AUGUCCAGCGAAGCGCGCCUCGCCUCCCUCCCCGCCGAACUCCUCCUCGAAAUCUUCUCCCAUUCAGCCCCGAAAGCUAGUGCCCGGACGCCACCGAUGGGAUACUUGUCCAACAAACACGAGAACUACAGGAUUAAUAUCUCGCUGCGGAAUGUGAAAGCCGUGUGUAAGAACUUCGCGGCGCUGGUCACGCCGCUUAUCACAGCGCACUACUGCGAUGGGGAUUUCUACCACGUGCGGCUCAACGGUAAGAAGAUGGAGAACUGGGGAGAGAUCAAGAGCGUGAUUAUGGAUGGCGCGCUGUGUGACUCGGACGAGUAUGGGCAUGGGAAGGAGACGUUUCAUGGGUACUUGAGGCUGAGGGAUGUGGAUGCGCAGUUGGGGUUGGCUGACGUGUGGGAAAAGGAUUCGGGGGAUGAGGUUGACGACGAAGAUGAGGAGUACAGCGUGAGUCCGCUGGAGCAGGAGAACAACUACGAGCGCGCGGCUGUGCUGUGUCUCUGUCGUAAUGUGGAGGAAGUCCUGUUUGGCUCAGACCUCGAUGACUACUGGAAGAAGUGGUCAGCAGACAAGGACUCGAUAGCCAUCAGCCCGAUUGUGAGCGCGGGCAAGGGCGAGGCGUUUGGAAGAGCGCAUCGGUUCGAAAGUCUGCGGUAUCUGUCGGUCGAUGUGCAGUUUAUGAAGAUUGGAUAUAUGCUCCUGCACGAAGGACUCUUCAAUACGGACGAUAUCGAGUGGGCGCGCAAAAAGAUGUUGACCUUGCCGCAUGGCGAGGAACUGAUCAAGCAUGCGACGUGCGGGGAGGAGCGGAGGUGGAACGAGUUGCUGAGCCGUCCUGUCGGCACGCCGCUGCCCUUUGGAAGUCUAAAGAAGGUCACCAACAUGGAUGCGCUGAGCAGAGGGUGGCUGCGAGAUGACCUUUCCGCGGAGGAGCUGGCGGAGAAGGUGAAGGAGUAUGAGCCCAAGUAG